UGUGUGAUGGAUGCAUCGCUGACGUGGAGACGGGAGAGUCGCAUCCAGAGGUCCACGGAGGAGGGAGCAGCUCUGCGCGACACAUCCACGGCGAUCGGAUGAAAUAUGACGAGUUCCCGCUGACCGUGGACCGGCUGCUGCAGAGGUGACCUGCAGCCUGCAGGUGCAACACGCGUGUCUUAUGAGGAGCUCAUCAGGUGCCGCGUCUGGGUGUCACCUCCAGGGAAAUGUCGUCUCACUUCACUGAUCGUUUGUAUGGUCGCGGAUUUUACAUGAUGGCACGGACAUCGGAUCGCCUUGCCUUCUUCUUUUCCCUUUGCCACUGGCUGAAUUGUGCUCAUUCAUGACUUAUGCCCUGAGGAAAAAAUCUGCGUCUGGUGUUUAUGUAGCCUUUCAACCUAGUCAGUAAUUACAUAUCACAAUUAGACCGGGAACCACGGAAAGAAUGAAGUCAUUAAACAAUGGAAACACCUUCAAUAUGUUGACCUAAAGGAGAGAAGAUAGAAGAGGGCCUGGAGGUGAAGCCAUGGUCAUCAGUGAUAUAAACAAUAGCACUCCUGUGCCUAAAAAGGAGCCCCAGAAGAAGAGGAAGAGGAAGUCUCGCCCUCAUGGCCUGCCCUCUCCAGCCCUGUGCUGUGCCUGUGGCCUAUGCAUCAUGCUGGCAGGACUCAACAUCACCCUGGUGGGAGCGUUCGCCUUCACCACAUUGAUGCCUUCUGCCAACCCCCCCAUCAUCAUCGGACCUGUGCUACUGCUUGUGGCUUUCUCCUUUUUCGGGGCCUGUUGCGUCUGCAGCCGUCUGCCCCCUCCUCAGAGCUCACGGGGGUCCAACGUGGGCAGCAGGGGCACGGGGCUGAUGGGACGAGGAGGGCUGGCCGGCGGGGCCGCAUUUGAAAUCGAGACCAGCGAGCACACGCUGCAGGACACUACAGCUGUCCAGCUGAGUCCCACGUCCUCAGCCGGAUCAUCCCGAGCCUCCAGCCCAGACAUGGAGGCUCCAGAUGCCGACCCGCUGGGACCUUGCAAGCUCUUUACCCUGGAGAGCAACGGCCUUUCUUCUGUGUCUGCCACCGCUGUGUUCUCAGCCUCUUCAGCAACAGGCGGGGAGGUGAAGCUCAACCUGCCACGCGAAGAAGUGGCCACCUAGCAGGAAAGAACCGCCUUCAAAGCCUGAGUGCUAGCACUGUAAAUAUUCUUCUGAGUCGAGGGCUUGCCAAGAGUGAUUUCUGUCCUCUUGUUUACGUAGUGCCAUAUUUCUGGGUGUGACAGUUCCUCAAGAGUAUGCUUUUGAUUUCUCUUGCUCUGCAUGCAAAGUUUAUGAAGCAUCCAAGUACUUGCGGAUCAUGUUUUGGGAUUUCGAUUCCUACCUCUGUUGUGCUGUUCCCUUAUACUGGUUUGUUUUAAACAGGGCAUUAUCAACUAUUUUUCAUGUAGAAGAUCAAAAUGUCUGAAGGGUAUUUCAUUGUUGCUGUGGUUAGUGGUUACCUCACCUGUCAGCAGCGAUUUCAGAGGGCUCCACUGAAAACCGUGGUAACUCAUUUAUUCUGAAAAGAUUACACGUGAAAGGCCAGUAACUGAUCAUGACAGGUGAUAUUUGGUAUUUUGUGUGUCAUGCUCAAAGCUGAACUUGUUUUAGGGCUAUGAGACUUUCAAGGCCACUGAGGUCUUAAAGCAGUAUUCCCAGAGCAUAGAAUCAGCUCUUGGCACACAUAUGUGAUGAACUAACUAUAUAGCCGAUACAUUUGCAGUAUAUUUACAUGUAACUGUGUACAAUGUUGGUUCUCGGAUGCAUUCUUGUAUUUUGUAUGUAGCUGUUGUCACUGCAUCAACAUAACACUGUGAAUAUUACCUCUCUGUGCAUGAUUUUGACAGUUUCUGCAUUUUUAGUGAAGAUAGUUGCAGCUUAAAUUUCAGUUUUCAUGUUUAUCAUAACUUUUCUCCUAAACAUUGGAACGGUUAGUUUAAUGUCCAAGCCACAAUGACUUGCUGGUCACAUUUGAUUUGAAUUUUCUGUGCACCUUGAUUCAGACGGAACAUGUUUUAUAAAUGUGAGUGCAUGACUUUCACAGCAGAUGUUUACCUCAGCUGGGUUAAGUAUUUACAGAAGUGGAAAGUAAAGAUUUUAAAUUUGAAAUGCUCCCCAUCACUGUGAUGUCUUCUUGCCGGUCACAAGCCUUGACUGAUGGCAGGACACAUUUGAACACCGAUCUCCUUUGAAAGAAUAGUUGCCUUAGACUGAAUUAUCAGGAUCAAUCUAACGAGGGCUAUAUAAAAGUGCACAAUUGCAGUUUGUCUUAGGAAAGCCUCUUUUGGCUCCGUAUUUCAAGGAUUUUUUUUUUCUUGUGUGCUAAUGCAUGGAAAUGUUCUAAAUAAUCCAUCUUGGAAAUCUGUGGAUUAGAAACAGACUAAAGACUUGCAUGAAGAAAAAGCAACAGACCCUUACACACUGCAGUUAUUCAUGACACAAUUCCUUAAAAGGAACAUUUUCCUCACCAAAUUCAGUUUUAUAUGCCAAAUAAGAGCUUAAAUUUGCAUGUUUAGAAAAAAGACUUAAGGGAAUGCAAACACCUUGUUGUGAAAUGUUAUUAUCUGUGUGUUUUAAAUUGUGGAGCAAUUAAAACAAAUGUAAGGCAUUAAAAAUCUUUGUGAAGAUUAUAAUUUAAAGUUGCCAAUCCAAAUGUGAAU